UCUCUCUCUCGCCUUUAUUAUUAUAUCAGUGGCUCUGCCGGUUGCUGAGAUGUUCCAUUUUAAGCCCAAACAAGUGGUCUUGCGCAUGGGGGUGUGCUAGAUAAGCAGAGGAAAAGGGUUUUGUUUCAGAUCUAGGGUUUGGGCUUUUAAGAGGUGAAGCAGGAAUCCAGGAAGAAAAAAUGGGAAGUGUGUUUUGCAGGAGAAAACUGUUGCUCUGAUGGUGUCCUUGUUUAAGAUUGAAAACUGGGCUUUUUCUUUUCUUUGGGAGAAGAGAAACUGUGUAGUUUAUUUCUAGCAAUUGAUAAUCGGUAGAGAGGGUAGGUGAGGCUAUAAGAACCCUGUUAAUAAACCCCACUUCUAUUCAAUUGCUCAUCAUCCUCUGUGUAAGGAAAAGCUUUUCUCUAUAGAGAGAGCUUAUCAUUGAUAAUCAUGGCCUCUUCGAACAGGCACUGGCCCAGCAUGUUCAAAUCCAAGCCCUGCAACCAGUGGCAGCACGAUAUCAACUCUCCCCUCAUUUGCCAGAAGCCACCAUUUACAGCAGAAGAGAGGAGCCCUGAGCCGAAGCCGAGAUGGAACCCAAAACCAGAGCAGAUACGAAUACUUGAAGCCAUUUUCAACUCAGGCAUGGUGAACCCACCUCGUGAAGAGAUAAGAAGGAUUAGGGCUCAGUUACAAGAGUACGGACAAGUUGGAGAUGCAAAUGUUUUCUACUGGUUUCAAAACAGGAAAUCAAGAAGCAAGCACAAGCACAAGCAACUUCACCAAUCCUCCGCAAAGCCUGCAACUCCUUCACCACCAACAGUGCCAAAUCAAAAUUACCAACCUACCCCUCAAAGUUCUCAAACCCCCAACUCGUCCUCCUCGUCUUCUGAGAAAUCGGAGGCUUCUCCCGUUCAGUUGGGCUCGAUAAAACCUGGGGCGACGGUUAAUGUGAUGGAGGGUUUGAAUGCUGCAAAUUCACCAACCUGUUCGGUGAACCAGGUUGCUUAUUUAGGUUCACAGCCUGAGCCCUCGCCAUUGUUUUUUCAAACUGAGAGCGGGUGCGAGAUGAGCGCUUUUUCGGAGCUGGCUAACAUGUUACAGCAGCAGGAAAAGAUGAAGAUGGGGCAUAUCGCCAUGAACGAUAUUUUGAAUGGAGUAGGGGAAGGGACUGCGAAUUCGAACGGGUGCAGCGGCGGAGGAGGAAGGGUGACAGUGUUCAUAAAUGAGAUGGCGUUUGAGGUGGGUGCAGGCGGUCGGGUGAACGUGCGGGAGGCCUUUGGGGAAGCCAUGCUCAUUCACUCCUCCGGCCACCCCGUGCCCACCAAUGAGUGGGGCUUCACCCUGCAACCCCUCCAGCAUGGCCACUUCUACUACCUGGUAUAACUGAGGAUUUCCAUAGGGACAUGGACAGGCGUCAAAUGUUGGACUACGUUGAUGGCUUUGCUGUACUUUUGCUUCCAACUUUUUUUUUUCUUUUUAAUGGCUUUGCAGUCUCCUUAGUUGUAGUUGCAGACAUAUGGUGGUCCUUUAUAGAGAAAGAGAACCCUUGCAUGGGCAUUGUUGCUUUAACUCUUGAUUUAUAUAUGUGUUGUCAUGCACCAUGGAUUCAAGCUUUAUUAUAUAUAUUUUUUCCUUUUCUUUC